AUGGAAAAUCAAGUGAGAUUGAAUUGUGGUGUAAAUCUUCCCAUUUUUGGUUUUGGCACUUUUUCUUAUCAAGCUCACUCAAAAGCCAUAGAAUCAGCUGUUCAUAUGGCCAUCAAAAUGGGUCAUAGGCAUUUUGAUACAGCAACUAUCUAUGGAUCUGAGGGGGCUGUUGGCAAAGCCAUUUGUGAUGAAAUUUUGAGCCAAGAUGUGGGGAGAGAAGACAUUUUUAUCACUACAAAAGUAUGGGGAAAUGACCAUCAUGAUCCUGUUUCAGCAUUAAAACAGUCACUAAGGAACAUGGGAUUGGAGUAUAUUGAUAUGUAUUUGGUGCAUUGGCCAUUGAAGCUGAAGCCUUGGGCAUGUUAUCCAGUUCCCAAGGAAAGUGAUUUUGAGGAAGCAUUGGAUCUCGAAAGCACUUGGAAGGGAAUGGAAAAGUGCCAAGAAUUGGGUCUGUGUAGGUGCAUUGGUGUGAGCAAUUUCUCCACCAAAAAACUUGAAUCCCUUUUAGAAUUUGCUUCCAUUCCUCCAGCUGUUAACCAGGUAGAGAUGCAUCCAAUGUGGAGACAAAGAAAGCUAAGAGAGUUUUGUGGAGAGCAUAAGAUCCACGUGAGUGCAUAUUCUCCAUUGGGUGGACCAGGGAAUGCAUGGGGAUCAACGGCUGUGAUUGAAAGUCCACUCAUCAAAUCAAUCGCUCUCAAACACAAUGCAACUCCAGCUCAGGUUGCUCUGCAGUGGGGCCUAUCGAAAGGAUCGAGUGUGAUAGUGAAGAGCUUUAACGAACACCGUAUGAAAGAAAACUUUGGAGCCCUUGAUUUAAAAUUGGACGAUCAAGAUUGCUUGGAAAUUGAAAAAUUAGAAGAAAGAAAGAUUAUGAGGGGUGAAUAUUUUGUAAACGACACAACAAGUCCAUUCAAAAUUAUUCAAGAUUUGUGGGACGGAGAAAUUUAA